UGAACACAAGCCAUAUUUAACACGAACUAUUAUCUGACAUCGAUGAUCACGGGCUAACCAAAACAUUCAUACUCUAUUCCCAUCCUUUUUGGUACCAUGGCAACUUCCUCCCCUCCCUUAGAUUUCAAGGUUCACCGGCGUGAACCAGAACUGAUAGCUCCCGCUAAGCCUACCCCUAAAGAAUACAAACUAUUAUCCGACAUCGAUGAUCAAGAGGGCCUUCGUGUCCAACUUCCAAUUAUCCAAUUUUAUCAACACAGUCCUUCCAUGUAUGGAAAAGACCCUGUUAGAGUGCUUAAGGAGGCACUUGCACAAACCUUAGUGUUUUAUUACCCAUUUGCUGGUAGGUUAAGGGAAGGACCUCACCGCAAGCUGAUAGUCGAUUGUACCGGUGAAGGUCUCAUGUUUAUCGAAGCGGAUGCGGAUGUUACACUCAAGCAAUUUGGUGAUGCACUUCAACCACCCUUCCCUUGCUUGGAGGAACUCCUUUAUGAUGUUCCGGGUUCUUCUGGAAUGUUGAAUUGUCCAUUAUUGCUUAUUCAGGUAACACGGCUGAAAUGUAAUGGUUUUAUCUUUGCUCUCCGCCUCAAGUACACUAUGACUGACGGUUCUGGCAUAACCCAAUUCCUGUCUGCCGUAGAAGAAAUAGCUCGAGGUCGGCCUACCCCAUCGAUCCCACCUGUAUGGGAAAGAUAUCUCUUAAUGGCUAGAGAUCCACCAAGAGUCACAUGUAAACAUCGCGAGUAUGAUGAAGUCGAGGAAGCCCUUAUCCCCAACGAUGACAUCGUUCACCGGUCCUUCUUCUUCGGCCCCAUGGAAGUCUCAACACUUCGUAAACUUGUGCCACAACACCUUCAUAAGUCUUCGACGUUUGAGCUAUUAACUGCUUGCUUAUGGCGUUGUCGUACAAUUGCAAUUCAGGCGGAUCCCGAGGAAGAGGUACGUGUUAUGUGCAUUGUAAAUGCACGUUCCAGGUUUAAUCCUCCGUUACCUUUAGGUUAUUACGGGAAUGCAAUCGCGUACCCAGUAGAGGUGGCGCAAUCAGGGAAAGUUUGCCAAAAUCCAUUAGUGUAUUCAAUAGAGCUUGUGAAACAAGCAAAAAAUGCUGUCACGGAAGAAUACAUGAAAUCGGUUGCAGAUUUAAUGGUGAUUAAGGGUCGGCCAAAGUUUAGCCUUGCUAAAUCUUAUCUGGUCUCAGACGCGACGCGUUUCAGGUUAAGAGACAUCGAUUACGGGUGGGGUAAGGCAGUGUACGGUGGUCCGGCUCUCGGUGUAGUUGCUAGUUUUUUAAUACCAUUCAAAAACAAGAAAGGAGUGGAAGGAAUUGUGGUGCCAAUUAGAUUGCCCGCUCAAGCAAUGAAAAUAUUUGUGAAAGAACUAGAGGGUAUGUUAAAGGAAAAGCCAGUGAGUUAAUCUUUGUAAAAUAAAUGGCAUUUUAUUACUCAUCUGCCGGUAGGUUAAGGGAAAGACAUUAGCAUAAACUGAUGGUUGAUUGAACCGGCGAUCAUCAUUUUCUUGUUUCAACUUCUGUAUGAUGUUUCGGAUUCAUUUCGAGUGUUAAAUUAUCCAUGAUUACUUAUUCAAGUGAUUAUUUUUAAUUA